GAGUUGUUCUCCAAUGACAGAGCACCCGACACAACGUCAGGGUCUGGCGUUACAUUUGCCUUUUACCAAAGUUGUACAUUCGGAGCCGAGCCCUCCAACGUGGCGAUCCCCCCAAUCCAGCCAGCCAACCAAGCCAAGCCAAGAGCGGGGUAAAAAUACUACGGUGGGUCUGAACCACUGGAUUUUCUGCUGAAUCACUAACAUAGAGGCUACCAGUCGAAGAUUAGCGGUUUAAGUAGAAAAAACCCCCCCUAAAACUACUACAGGGCAACUCCCCCCGAAACGGGCUACAAGAUGGAGAAGCUGCCAUUGCCCAGUGAUGAGGAUGGCAGUGUUUUGACUGAGAGUCGAUCAGACAUGGCUCUGGUGGUGGCUGAUGAAGCAGGGUCCACCGGUGCUGAUGUGCCAGAGGACGACAGGCCAGCGUGGGACAGCAAGCUGCAGUAUGUGCUCGCGCAGGUGGGCUUUAGCGUUGGCCUGGGCAAUGUCUGGAGGUUCCCCUAUCUCUGCCACCAAAAUGGAGGAGGUGCCUUUAUGUUACUGUAUGUGAUGCUGUUGCUCAUUAUCGGGGUUCCUCUGUUCUUCAUGGAGCUGGCCGCUGGGCAGAGCAUCCGUCAGGGCAGCAUCGGGGUCUGGAAGCACAUCUCGCCUCGCCUCGCCGGCAUCGGUUACUCCAGCUGCAUGGUUUGUUUCUUCGUGGCCCUGUACUAUAAUGUGAUCAUUGCCUGGGCUCUGUUCUAUAUGGGGAAUUCAUUCCAGUAUCCAUUGCCAUGGGAGAAGUGUCCUGUAGAUAUGAUCUCAAACCAGACAGUGAAGGAAUGUGCGUCAAGCUCUCCUACCUCGUAUUUCUGGUUCAGAAAGGCUCUGGAUAUCUCAGACUCCAUAGAUCAGUCAGGAGAGUUUAACCCCAUCAUGACCGGUUGCCUGCUUGCAGCCUGGACUAUAGUGUGUCUCGCGAUGAUCAAGGGCAUCAAGUCUUCAGCCAAGGUGAUGUAUUUCUCCUCUGUGUUCCCUUACGCUGUGUUGAUCUGUUUUCUAAUCAGAGGGCUCAUGUUGGACGGCGCUAUAGAGGGCAUCAAAUAUAUGUUUUAUCCCAAGCUGGAGAUCUGGGGGGAGGUGCAGGUGUGGCGUCAGGCUGCUACACAGGUUUUCUUCGCUCUGGGUCUGGGUUACGGCUCUGUGAUCGCUUACUCGUCCUACAAUCCCGUGCAUAACAACUGCCACCGGGACGCCAUCAUGGUCUCAGGCAUCAACUUCAUGACCUCAGUACUGGCCUCUCUGGUUGUCUUCGUGGUCCUCGGUUUCAGAGCCAAGAACAUUGCUUUGGAUUGUGUUGCAGCUAAUGUGGCCAGGAUGGCAGGAAUAGCAACAACAGGUUCGUCGGAGCAUUGGUGGCCAUGGUUCAACAUUUCAGACCCCAAGUCAGUGACUCUUCAAGACUACAGAGAAUGGUACAGCCACUAUGGAAGCCUGAUAGGGACAAACCUCACUGACUGUGACCCGGAGAGAGAAAUGAGCGAGGGUGUAGAGGGCACGGGUUUGGCGUUUAUAGCAUUUACGGAGGCGAUGGCAUUGUUUCCUGCAAGUCCAUUUUGGUCGACUUUGUUCUUCCUCAUGCUGCUGAAUUUGGGCCUCUCCACCAUGUUCGGCACCAUGCAGGGGAUUCUUACCCCACUCAUGGACAACUUCCGAGUGCUGGGGCGCCACAAGACCAUGUUGACGGUGUGUAGCUGUGUCCUGGGCUUCUUCAUUGGCCUGCUGUUCACUCAGAGAAGUGGCAACUAUUUCGUAACGAUGUUUGAUGACUAUUCUGCCACAAUGCCACUGAUCAUCGUUGUGGUUUUUGAGACCGUCAGCGUGGCGUGGAUUUACGGUGCUGAUCGUUUCUUGGAUGACGUGGAGGUGAUGCUGCACUGGCGUCCUCCAGUGAUUUAUCGCUAUUUGUGGAAGUAUGUGUGUCUGUUCGGCAUGGUGGGACUGCUGGCUGCUAGUCUUCUCCGCAUGGUCUUCAAACGGCCCACUUACACAGCUUGGAACCACACCACGGGAUCUGAAAGUAGCCUGGAGUAUCCUGGAUGGGCUCUGGUCAUGCUCUCCAUGCUAAUCAUCGUAGCAUCCCUCCCUGUGCCCAUUGGUUACCUGUUCUCCUUCCUCGGUGGACGGAGCCUGCCGGUGGAGGAGGGCGAGACUGAGCCUCCAAGAGAACGAUACUCCAAAUGCAAUUCUGCUGAGCCAGAGCCGAAUAACCACCACUCCCCACUGGACGAAGACAGGAACCGGCCGCUCUCCACCUUCCUUCCCCUGGGUGCUGAACACUACAGGCUGCUCCCGCAACAGGAAGAGGGAGAGGAAGAGGAAGAGGAAGAGGAAGAGGAAGACACUGGGCUGUAAGGAAAUACAGGGACAAAAUGAAAUUCAACAGGUGUUUGAGCAGAAAACUAAAAGACUAUUUAUUGAUCAGUAUUGGAGUUUUUUUUUAAUGGAGUGGAGGGAGGCGGACUCCAUUUAUUCUCAUUAUGCUAAUGAACAUUCAUGAAACAUAUUAGUCAGUCAAGGCCCUAUUUGAGAGGGAUGCAUUUUGCAAGUGCACCAAUCACUGAAUUGCUUUGUUCUUGAAUCCCUACAUGUACAUAGUGAUGUGAUCUAUGCCAAAGGUGCCUCUUAAAGGGAUAGUUCAUCUAAAAUGUUCAAAAUGAGGGCACUUUUAUUUUCAAAGAUUUAAAUUCUCACCCUCAGGCCAUUCAAUAUGUAGAUGAAUCUGGAACAGAUUUGAAGUUAAAACCAUCUUUAUUCAUUUCUUUCUCAUUAACAUGCAGCUUUUCACUACUGAAGACAUUAAUUCAGGGGUAGGCAAGUUCGGUCCAAGAGAGACACAGUCCUGCAGAGUUCAGCUCCAACCCUUAAAAAAACCCUCACCUCUCUAUAGACGUAUUAAUCCUGAAGACAUUGUUGAGCUUGUUCAGGUGUGUUUGAUUAGGGUUGAAGCUGAACUCUACAGGACUGCGGCUCUCUUGCCUACCCCUGCAUUAAUUGAUAGACUGGAUCACUUGUGGAUUAUUGUUACAUUUCUCCAAAUCUGUUUGGACAGAUCUUGGAUGGUGUCCUGAGUGUGAGUAAAUUUUCAGCAAAUAUUCAUUUUUAGGUGAACUGUUCUGCUAAGAAAUAUGCACACUUAGAAUUAUUAAUAUCAAACUACAGCUUCUCCAAAGGAUAUCAUGAAAUUACUCUCAUGUCAUACAGAAUAUAGCUGCUGGAGGCAGUUUAAAAAAAAUAUAACAGAAUGAUCAAUGUUACUAGAAUACUAAUAUUUUUGUAUAGUUUUAUGCAAGGAAAUGGUAAUUAGAGGUUCAAAGUUUCUUUGAGUAUGAAACUAUUAGAAACUAUUAGUAUUAACUUUUUUAAUAAGCUAGUUUUAGCCUGGAAAUGGUUAUAAUAUCAAGAGAAAAUUGUGUUAUAUAUUAUUAAUAGAGUUAUAUGAAAGUUUAGUUUCACAAAUUAAGUACACAAAUUAUUUAGUAUGCCGCAGAUUGCACAAAUAUUAGGUUAAAGCUCCUUUGUCAAACAGAAAGCACAGCUCAUGGUUGAGUAUCACCCACCCACUCCGAAUAUAUCUAUAUGUGUGUUUUCAUUUUCUGGUUUGUACAGCUCCACUGGUACAUGUAAUACAAUGCAAUUAAAGCUAUGACUCCAUGAUGCCAAACUUUGACUGCACAGGAAGAAAGGGCUCUACAUUCAUAGUGCACAGUUUACACUAUCAAUGAAUUGUACUGUGAGAUCAGAAGAACAGUGCAGAAGAGUUAAUAAACGACUGCUAUGUGGAUCCUCAGCUUGAAUCAGGUGUGUGAACACAAAUACUACAGAUUACAGAUGAAUUGCAUGGUCCUUUGAUGGUUAUUAGGGGUGGGAAGGCUCAGCUUUUGGUCCGUCUCAGACCAGAAAGAUUUUAGUCUACAUUUUAGACUGAUCGAGAGAGGAUUUAGUCAUUAGACUGAACAUGAAAGCUUUUUUAACGUUUAUGCUGUUGGGUUUGUGUGUAUACAUUAUAGGGGGUGUUUGCAUGUUUACUUCAUUUGUGAGUAAUCUUUUUAUUCAUUCACUUCUGUUGCAAAGCAGUAUGACAGUACAUACAGAAUAGUUUGGAUACUUUAGAGUAAGUGUUUGUGUAUGUGUGUCAGAAACAAUAUUUUGUAAUUACCAUUACGAUUUGUGCCGUGCUGAAGAUACACUGUAUAUAGUCUGUAUUAAAUAAAAAGUUAUUUGGAUGUGA